ACCCUGCAUCUUAACAAAAGUCGUCUUUGCGGAGCAAACCUGAGAGAUUCAUGGCUGCUUGAAUCUCUAAUACUAUACACACAGUUAGUCUCACUUCUCUUUGUCUUUCUUUGUCUAGCUUUUCGAAGAUGGCUGGGUUGGGAGCAGAGAACGUUGCCGUUUCAAGUCAACCUGUAGUAGACAACAAAACUCUUGCUGAUUUUGAGCCUGCAAAGAAACCUAAACGAAACAAGUUCGCUUUUGCUUGCGCCAUACUUGCUUCCUUAACUUCAAUUUUACUUGGUUAUGAUAUUGGAGUAAUGAGUGGAGCCAUAAUCUACAUACAAGACGACCUCAAAAUCAACGACGUUCAAGUUGAGAUCCUUGUCGGUAUCCUCAACUUGUACUGUCUCGUCGGUUCAUGCCUGGCCGGUAGAACUUCUGACUGGAUCGGUCGUCGUUACACCAUCGUGUUCGCUUGUGCCAUAUUCUUUGUAGGAGCUCUCCUCAUGGGCUUUGCCACCAACUACGCUUUCCUUAUGGUUGGUCGUUUUGUAGCUGGUAUCGGCGUUGGCUAUGCCCUCAUGAUUGCUCCCGUCUACACUGCUGAAGUCUCCCCUGCUUCCUCUCGCGGUUUCCUCACCUCAUUCCCAGAGGUGUUUAUCAAUGGUGGUAUAUUGUUGGGCUACGUUUCGAACUAUGCAUUUUCGAAGCUGCCAACUAACCUAGGUUGGCGGCUAAUGCUUGGCAUUGGUGCAGUCCCAUCGGUUUUCUUGGCUAUUGGUGUUAUAGCGAUGCCCGAGUCCCCGCGUUGGCUGGUUAUGCAAGGCCGACUCGGUGAAGCCAAGAGAGUUCUGGAGAAAACUUCAGACACUAAAGAAGAAGCUCAGCUUAGACUCAGUGACAUCAAAGAAGCAGCAGGAAUCCCCCAAGAUUGCACCGACGACAUCGUUCAGGUCCAAAAGCAAAGCCAUGGGGAAGGUGUCUGGAAAGAAUUACUUUUAUACCCCACACGCCCUGUUAGGCAUGUGUUGAUUUGUGCCAUCGGGAUUCAUUUCUUCCAGCAAGCAUCCGGCAUAGACGCUGUUGUUUUGUACAGUCCAAGGAUCUUUGAAAAAGCCGGGAUCACAUCAUCAAACGAGAAGCUACUCGCCACCGUAGCCGUCGGAUUUGUCAAGACAAUCUUCAUUUUGGUGGCUACCUUUUUGCUAGAUAGAAUCGGACGUCGUCCGUUGCUUCUCAGUAGCGUAGGAGGCAUGAUCGCAUCAUUAGCUACACUCGGGCUUUCACUGACGAUCAUCGAUCAUUCAGACGAGAAACUAAUGUGGGCCAUCGCAUUAUGCAUCACGAUGGUUUUGGCUUACGUGGCAUGCUUCUCUAUAGGGAUGGGCCCCAUCACGUGGGUGUACAGCUCGGAGAUCUUCCCGUUGAGGCUACGCGCCCAGGGAGCGAGUAUGGGAGUGGCGGUUAACAGGGUGACCAGUGGGGUAAUUUCGAUGACCUUUAUUUCGUUGUAUAAUGCUAUAUCCAUUGGCGGGGCGUUUUACUUGUAUACCGGGGUUGCGACGGUGGCAUGGUUCUUUUUCUACACGUGCUUGCCGGAAACCCAAGGGAAAACGCUGGAGGAAAUGGAAGGGCUCUUUGGCAAAUUGGUGGGUUGGAGGAAGGAGGCUAAGAGGCUGAAGAUGAGUGUGAAGGAAGAUAACGGUGAUGGAACAAGUAACGGUCAUAUUCAGCUAGGAAAUACGAGUACUAACAGUCGCUAAGGUUAUAUAAAGAAGGGUAGUAUGGUAAAUAUAAGCGUUUGGUAUGCUUUAGAUAUGAAAUGAAGAAGAAGAAGAGUAGGUUUGUUUUUCCUUUUUCCUGCUUCUUUUUUGUUUCCAAAGAAAAUGAAGUUCAAGGUGUGACCCUCGCGGGUGAAAAAAAGGAAGAAAAUGUAAAAAGGGUGGGUCAGAGAAAAAAAGGCUUUUAUGCCAUGGAAAACCCGAAAAGGAAAAUUAUUAUGAAUUCCAAAAGAAACACUUUACAAUCUCCUUAA